GUUCGUCCAGGACUCGUGCAGAAAUCAAGGAUCACGCUAGAGGCGACUGAAAAUUCCUGCCGGACACGCAGGAUGCAGAAUAAGCCAGACGCGGGAGCUUUCAGGAGCGAUCAGUUGUAUGAUCAAAUUGAUGCUGGCAGCAUCCGUCAUGGAGAGGAUGACAGAACGUUUGCAGGACAGGAAGUAAUCAACGAUUCUGGGCCGAGCGUAUCGCAGAUCGCCAAAGUAACACCUGUCAUCUCCGGGACGACGACGGAUUCUGCCGGUGCUCAGCAGGCCAUCCCAACAGGAUCAGGGGGCUCGCCGAAAUUAACCCGAACGAUGUCGAGGACCGAAGCCGUUAGGCAGGACGUCAGGAGGCUGAAGAGUGUCACGUUAGGUAGAAUGGGGAAGAUAUUUAAGACACGUACGCCCGCCGUGGGAGGACCCGCCUUGGACGCCAAUGUGACAAGCGUCGAUAAUUAUGACGGGGAGCCAUCAAGGAAAGAAAAGACAAACUCUUUAGGAAGGAUACUUAAGCUCGUCGACAAAGACGGUUCCCCCAAGAAACUUUUUGUUCGUCCUCGGGCAGGAUCGCUGAGUCGUAUACUACGUAGGCAUCCUCAUAAUGAGGACAAUGGGGUUAUCGAUAAGUCCGCGGAGGACACCGCGCGUGGAAUUCUCUCCAGAAUGUUCAGUCAACUGAGAGGAAAGUCUGUCCGCGAGCAAAACUACCGCAACUGAAGCAAAUAAACGGGACAAAUACAAUUCUACGUUAUCAUCAAGAGUACCGUCAAACUCAAAGACGAUUGACAAUCCGCCGAUAUUAUCUACGUCGGAAAAAUUGGCCGACGAAACGCA